UCUAAUUUUAAGUUUAUUAUACAAUCAUGGUUUCUGCUAUCCUCACUGAAGGUCCAAAGCUUCGCCCUGAAUUCAAGUAUGGCGUUGAGUUCAAGAAGACAACUACAUCUGAAGAAGUAAAGGAGAAUCAAACAGUAGUGAAGUUUGCUGCUGCUGCGUUCAAUCAUCGCGAUAUUUGGAUCCUUACAGGAAAUUAUGCAGACACCGUCCUAAACUCUGUUCUAGGUUCAGACGGUGUCGGCCAUGUCAUUAAAAACGGAAAGAUCGGCCAGCGUGUAUUAGUUAAUCCUGCUAUUGGUUGGAAAUCGGAUCCUCGAAAGCCUGAAAAGACUCUUCAUAUCUUAGGUUUAUUACCUGCGAUUGGCACAUUGACUGAAGAACCAGUUGUAGUUGAUCAAGAAGAUGUAGUACCUUGUCCUGAGCAUCUUUCUCUGGCAGAAGCUGCCGCUUUACCCUUGGCUGGUUUAACCGCUUACAGAGCACUAUUCACUAAAGGCCAAGUCCAAAAAGGUCAGCAUGUCUUGAUCACUGGUAUUGGUGGCGGUGUUGCUCUGUUCGCCCUUCAGUUUGCUGCUGCUGUUGGAGCCCAUGUCUAUGUGACAUCCUCGUCUGAAGAAAAGAUUCAAAAGGCCAUCCAAUUAGGAGCAAAGGGUGGUAUAAACUACAGGAACGAGAACUGCAUAAAAGAACUGGAGAGGUUACUGGAUGGUAAUAAACUCUCUGCUAUCAUUGACGGUGCCGGUGGACCACUUCACUCAAAGUACCUAGAUGUAUUAUAUGAAGGCGGUAUUAUCGUAAAUUAUGGACAAACCGUUAGAGAUGGUGGUAUUCUCUACUCUGUUAAACACUUUAUUCAAAAUGUUGAAAUUCGAGGCUCUACCAUGGGAUCAAGAGCAGAGUUUAAAGAGAUGGUUCAGUUUGUAGAUGAACAUAAAAUCAAGCCAGUUGUUUCUCAUGUCUGGAAAGGAUUGAACAAGUCUUCAUUCGAGGAAGCUGUAGUUACUAUGCAUGAUGGCAAUCAGUUUGGUAAACUAGUUAUCGAGUUUUAGUACAAGUACAACU